AGUGAGAAGCGCAAAGGAAAAACAAGAAGAAAAAAAAAGAAAAACUAGAAACGCAAACGAAAAGACGUGCUGUGCAAAUUGUAAUUUAGAUGCAAGUCACAUUUCUCUGAAUUUCACAUUGUAACUCUUUGUCAUAUUUUUGAUUGACAAUAAUUUUGAGUUGCAGUUUGUGUUAGCUCUUUUGCGAUCAGACUUUGAGAGUUUUGGGAGCUCUCAAUAUGUCACAGAGGUGUGGCUGAGCACAUUGAGGAAAAGGAAGUACCCUAAUAUGGAAUAGUGGCUUCCACAUAAACUUCCGGUAGGGUGGGAGCUUCAAGCGAAGGGUCUAUCUGUAGUUAAAUAGCUAAUAUUUUCCCUUUUUCAUUCCUCUUUUUCAAACGUGUUUUCAGAAAAAUGUCCAAAUCUUUGAAGAAGAUAGUGGAGGAGAGUCGGGACAAGAACCUUUCAGAGGUGGAGAUGUGCGACAGAGGCAUUUCGAACAUGCUGGACAUUCCAGGACUGUUGGUGCCUGCUAACAUCUCUGAGCUGAAAAACCUAGAGGUUCUAAACCUGUUCAACAACCAGAUUGAAGAGCUCCCUACUCAGAUCAGCAGUCAUCAGAAACUGAAACACCUCAACCUCGGUAUGAACCGUCUGAGCAGCUUGCCCAGAGGUUUUGGUUCGUUGCCAGCUCUAGAAGUGUUGGACCUUACCUACAACAACCUGAACCAGAGCUCCCUGCCUGGAAACUUCUUCUACCUCACCACUCUUCGUGCGCUCUAUCUGAGUGACAAUGACUUCGAGGUCCUGCCUGCUGACAUCGGGAAGCUGACCAAGUUGCAAAUAUUGAGUCUGAGGGAUAAUGAUCUCAUCUCUUUGCCUAAGGAGAUUGGGGAGUUGGCUCAACUCAAAGAGCUUCAUAUCCAGGGCAACAGACUGACCGUCCUGCCCCCUGAACUUGGUAAUCUGGAUCUGACUGGUCCUAAACAGGUUUUUAAAGCAGAGAAUAAUCCCUGGGUCACUCCCAUUGCAGACCAGUUUCAGCUGGGUGUUUCUCAUGUUUUUGAAUAUGUUCGCUCAGAGACCUAUAAGUAUCUCUAUGGCAGACACAUGCAGGCCAACCCAGAACCUCCUAAGAAGAGCAAUGAUAAAAGUAAGAAGAUAAGUCGCAAACCACUGGCUGCCAAGAACAAGUGAAGAGAAGACAGAGGAUGGAGAUGAAUGCCCGCUCAGCCAGCCAAACUCCCUGCAUGAGCCUUUUUCUUUUCUCUUUUUUGUAUUACAUAGAAAUUUAUAAACUUUUUUUCUAAAUAUGUAGAGUUAAAUAUUGUUUGAACGGUAUUCCAGUGUAGAUCAGUCCAGAAGGAUGCUUUUUUUCAACUCUUAACUAUUGGUGUUGAUGAUAAUAAAAGAAAAAAAAGAUAGUCGCUUAACAUGCUGGUGGCCCCAGAUGGUAAACAGAGGUAUUGUAACAUCAAAUUUUGAGGACAUCAAUAUCAAGAAGUCCUGUAAGGCGACACUGUUAAACUGCAAUGAUACCAAAGGCAAACACUUAAUACAGGAGAGUUCAGGUUCAUCAUGGUUCCAAUGUCCACUGGAAGCCAAAUUUCUAAUAUAGUUUAGAGUAAUUUAGAGUUAUUUUUAAUGUUUUACAAGCAUAUUGAAAACACUUUUGUAGCUUAUUUAGAUGUGAUAACAUACUUUGUGGCUUUACUUCACUCAGUUUUAUUACUAUACUAUCACCGGCUAUACUAUCACACUGUCUUGUGUCUGUAUUUCCUGAAUAGAGAAUAUUACACCCCUCUGUACCUCUCACUGUACCUUCAAUUCCACAUUCUCUUUCAGAUGUUAUUUUUCAAAAUAGUACUAACUGUCGAUCACAAUUCAGCGUGUUACAAAAAUGAAUUAAUGUAUUCCAUUUUUAAAAUUCAUCAUGCCUUUAUCACAGGUUAAAAUAUAUUGAAAGUUCAUUCUGCUGCCUUUAUUGAACAUUUCAAAUAAAACAAUCACAAUCUUG